UUCCUGACAGGUGGAUAAUGUUGUAGCUGCAGAGUAUGAAUUGGAGUAUCUGCUUCUGGAAGGACACUGCUAUGAUAUUACUACUGGACAGCCCCCUCGGGGACUCCAGUUUACACUGGGAACUUCAACCACUCCUGUCAUUGUCGAUACCAUUGUUAUGGCCAACUUGGGCUACUUUCAGUUAAAAGCCAAUCCUGGUGCAUGGACUCUAAGACUGAGAAAGGGCAGAUCUGAGGAUAUCUACAGGAUCUACAGCCAUGAUGGCACAGACUCUCCACCUGAAGCUAGUGACGUUAGUGUUGUUCUCAACAACUUCAAAAGCAAAAUUAUUAAAGUGAAGGUUCAGAAAAAACUGGAUAUGAUGAAUGAAGAUCUACUAAGUGAUGGUACCAGUGAGAAUGAAUCUGGAUUUUGGGAAUCCCUCAAAUGGGGAUUCACAGGAGGACAAAAGAAUGAAGAUGUGAAACAGGAUAAAGACGAUGUACUAAACAUAUUCUCUGUGGCUUCAGGACACCUGUAUGAAAGAUUCCUACGCAUAAUGAUGUUGUCUGUGCUGAAGCACACCAAGACCCCUUUAAAGUUUUGGUUUCUGAAGAACUACUUAUCACCUACAUUCAAGGAGUUCAUCCCAUACAUGGCAAAGAAGUAUAAUUUCCAGUAUGAGCUUGUCCAGUAUAAAUGGCCACGCUGGCUUCAUCAGCAAACAGAGAAGCAGCGUAUCAUCUGGGGUUACAAGAUCCUCUUUCUAGAUGUGCUCUUCCCAUUAGCUGUUGAUAAAAUCCUGUUUGUGGAUGCUGAUCAGAUUGUGCGCACAGAUUUAAAGGAAUUACGGGAUUUCAAUCUAGAUGGUGCUCCUUAUGGAUAUACUCCAUUCUGUGACAGUCGAAGAGAAAUGGAUGGCUAUAGGUUCUGGAAAUCGGGAUACUGGGCAAGUCAUUUAGCUGGAAGAAAAUACCACAUCAGUGCUCUGUAUGUUGUGGAUCUGAAGAAGUUCAGAAAGAUAGCAGCUGGAGAUCGACUCAGAGGACAGUAUCAGGGUCUUAGUCAGGAUCCUAACAGUCUGUCCAACCUCGAUCAGGAUUUGCCUAACAACAUGAUCCACCAGGUACCAAUUAAAUCAUUGCCACAGGAGUGGCUGUGGUGUGAAACAUGGUGUGAUGAUUCCUCAAAGAAGAGAGCAAAAACCAUUGAUCUGUGUAAUAACCCAAUGACCAAAGAGCCCAAGUUGCAAGCAGCAAUGCGUAUAGUUCCAGAAUGGCAGGACUAUGAUCAAGAAAUCAAGCAGCUCCAAAGUCUUUUCCAGAAAGAAAAAGAAACAGGAAUACCAGCUGAGAUGCCAGGACACCACACACAUGAUCCAGCAGCACAUGUGGAAUUAUGAUCCAUGGAGAAAAAUUCAAGUUAGACUGUUUCAUAGACAAUUUUUAUAUUGAAAGCUAGGUUUUUUUCUGGUAUGUCUGCAAAACUGCUGAAUAAUUGAAUGGGAUGAUGUAUGCAUUUUUAUUACUUGCCUUUGGGUUAAUUUCUGCAUAUGAAAUAGGAUCGGGAUUGCUGGAAUUAGCAUUACUGGUUUUUUGCACCUGUGGUGGAGAUGAAAAAGCCCAGGAUGGAAUUUAGCAUUUCAGAAACAAAACUUCAAAAAUCCACUGGAAAGGCCACAGCCUGUUCCUUCAGCUGUCGCUACCUCCACCACUGAUGAAGAUGCUGUUAGCAUCAGAUGUGACUCCAGAGCUUGGAAAUUGCAGACCCAUUAAGCCACUGGCUAGAACAUAAAUCCUAAUCUCAACAGAUGGAGAGAAUUUUUCCAGGUACCAUUAAAAGGCU